AUGGCGGAUGAUACGGUGGACUUUUCGAAACUGUUCCAUGGUGGUGACGAUGACGAUGAUGACAUGUUUUAUAUAGAUAUUCAGACCGUUCAGAAGGUUCUCGAUGAAGAUGUUGAUUAUGAUUUUCUGGAGGGCAAAUUUAUAUUCGGAAAGCAUCAGGCUUGUGUGCCUACGAAUGACUUUUGUGAAAGAAAAAAAGGAAGGUCAAUUCAUGCACGGAGUGUUUACUCUGACGUGUCAGUCAAUCUGUGCCUGCGUCAUUUAGUUCCCACUCAGAGUGUGAAUGUGAAGGUCCUGAAUAGAGUAUCAUUUUGUGUUUCGGGACUGGAUUUCAACUGCCUCCUUGACAUAAUAGAUAUUAUCCUUAUACCUUUUCAUUUUAUGGCCCAGCAGAAAAUUCCCCAGGAUUCUUCAUCAAGAAAUAAUGCUUUACACAAUAAAACUGGAAUUCAUGGUACUUUACCGAUACAAAAUGAUGUGUCAGAUUCUAGUGUCAGAUGUUCAGUUGGUGUAUCUGAUUCCACAGGAAAUUCUUGGUUUGAUUGUGAACCUGAAAAGCAGGGACCCCGAGCUCAGGAUUGCUCCUCCCCAAAUGUUUUUCCUGAUAAUCUCAGAAACUCAUUCUGUCCAGGUGAAAGUGAUGAGGUUUUCAACACAGAAAGGACUGGAGUCUCUAAACAUGAGGUACCUGCUUGUAGUGUAGAAUCAAGUUUCCCUGAGGCACACUCAAACAAUAUAUCAAUUUGUGGAGAUAAUUUGAAUCUGAGUCUGUGGAAGGGUGAAAAUGAGAGCCAAUUCAAGCAUUUGGGAGAGGAUGUUGAAUUUGAAAGUGCUUCAAUCAGUUCUAUCGUCGACAGUGAUGAUGUACAUAUUGAAGGUUACGCUGAAGAUAUCAUUGGUGGAGUUUCUGGGCAACAGGAAAAUGAUUCAUGUACAUCUUUUGAAGCAUUUAUGGAUGCUGAUACAUCUUUUCAUGUUGCAACUUCGAAUUAUUCUGCUAUUGGUCAAGGUUCCCAUGCUUCCAGUGAUUUUACUGACUACCAUGGAUCUUCAACUUGUUACCAGGGAAUGCAUGAUGGACCUUUUGUGGAUGACUCUUCUCUUGCUAUUUUGCCUAAUGGCUUUUGUUCCCAAUUGUUGCCAAAUUAUGAAAUGAUGAAUAACAUGAAGGCCGAAAAUGUGGAGUUAAAUGCUGAUAUUACAUGUAUGAGUAGUGGCAUGCCGUCAAGCACUGCUGGGUGGAUGUCUUUACAAGAUAGUCAAAGCAUGUUAACUGAUAAUGGUUAUUCACCUUUUCAUUCUGGCAAUGUUAUUUUUGAUGACAUGUCAUCCCUGUCUCUUUCAGUUGGUGAUUCAUACAUGCCAUAUGGAGACCAUUACCAAAACAAUUUUGAGGAUGCUAAGUUCAAUGUAGGCCAAUCGGUGAAACAAACACCUGGUAAUUUUUCUUCUGGAGGGUGUCAGGCUUACCAAUGUUUUGAUAAUGAGGAUAGUUAUGCAUUUAUAUCAGGGAUAUCCAAUCAAUAUCAAGAUAGCAAUGGUGGAAUUGCUAGUUUUCAUGGAAACGUGGACAAUUUGAAUUUAAAAUCUGAAAAUAUAUCUUGGUCCCAUACUCAGGCACUAAUUACCCGUGAGACGCAGUUUGGUUGUGCUAGGAGAGGAGGGGUUCAACAUAAACUUGUUGAUUCUCAUCUUUCAAAAGGAAAAAUUGAGAAUUUCCAUGUUGAGGAGGACCCUGAUGUUUGCAUUAUUGAAGACUUCAGUCAUCCUGCUCCAACAAGCCAAUCUGCAAACAUUGGGAAUUCAUUUAAUAUAUCUCAAUCUUCUCCAUAUGCUGAUUCUGAGUCUUACAUGGUUGGAAGUACAAGGCUGAAGGCAUGUGAUGAGCGAAAUAUAUUACGAGUUGCAUUGCAGGAUCUAUCUCAGCCAAAGUCAGAAGUUAGUCUACCAGAAGGGUUGUUGGCAGUUCCUCUUUUAAGACAUCAGCGAAUUGCUUUAUCAUGGAUGGUUCAAAAAGAAGCAUCAAGUUUACAUUGCUCUGGAGGAAUUCUUGCAGAUGAUCAGGGACUUGGAAAAACUGUAUCAACUAUUGCAUUAAUAUUGAAGGAAAGACCUCCAUUACUUAUUGGGGAUGCCAUUGCCCAAAAAAGUGAAUUGGAUUCUCUGAAUCUGGAUGUGGAUGAUGAUGUGCUUCCUCAGAAUGGUAGAGUAAAGGAAGAAUCUAAUAUUUGUGAGGAUAAGUCAAGUCGAUAUCCAAUCAAGAGCAUGAGUUUGCAUAAUCAAGCAAAGGGAAGGCCAUCUGCCGGGACCCUUAUUGUUUGUCCCACUAGUGUCCUACGUCAAUGGGCAGAGGAGUUGCGCAGCAAGGUAACUAGUCAAUCAAAUCUCUCCGUGCUAGUAUACCAUGGAAGCAAUCGGACAAGAGAUCCUUAUGAGGUUGCUAAGUAUGAUGUUGUCCUAACUACUUAUUCCAUUGUGAGCAUGGAGGUCACUAAGCAGCCUUCAGCAGACAAAGAUGAUGAGACGAAGGAAAAUUUUGAAGAUCAUGCUGUACCAAGUAAGAAAAGAAAAUGUCCUUCUAAUUCUAGUAAAAGUGGUAAGAAGAGAUCAGAUGAUACAGUUCGCGAGGCUAUUGCUCGGCCGCUUGCAAAGGUCACAUGGUUUAGGGUUGUCUUGGAUGAGGCCCAGAGUAUAAAGAAUCACAAAACUCAAGUCGCAAGGGCCUGUUGGGGUCUUCGUGCUAAGCGAAGAUGGUGUUUAUCAGGGACUCCUAUCCAGAAUGCAAUUGAUGAUCUCUACAGUUACUUCAGAUUUCUAAGAUAUGACCCGUAUGAUGUCUAUACAUCAUUUUGUUCUACAAUUAAGAACCUGAUAAGCAGAAAUCCAGCGAAAGGGUAUAGAAAGCUACAAGCUGUCUUGAAGACUAUAAUGUUACGCCGCACCAAAGGUACACUUCUUGAUGGGGAACCUAUUAUUUCCUUGCCGCCUAAACAUAUAGAGCUGAAAAAAGUUGAUUUUUCAAUGGAGGAACGUGAUUUCUAUUACAAACUAGAGGCCGAUUCCCGGGCACAGUUCCAGGAAUAUGCUGAUGCUGGAACUGUCAAGCAAAAUUAUGUCAACAUUUUGCUGAUGCUUCUGCGGCUUAGACAAGCUUGUGAUCACCCUUUGCUUGUCAAGCGAUAUAAUUCAACCUCUCUAUGGAGAUCUUCUGUGGAGAUGGCAAAGACACUUCCUCAGGAAAAACAAAUCUCUCUUCUGAAAUGUUUAGAGGCUUCCAUGGCCCUCUGCAGCAUUUGUAAUGAUCCUCCUGAAGAUGCAUUUGUUUCAGUUUGUGGCCAUGUUUUCUGCAACCAAUGCAUAUGUGAACAUGUUACCGGUGUUGACAACCAGUGCCCUGCUGCAAAUUGCAAAAUUCGACUGAGCACAUCUAUGGUAUUUUCAAAAGCCACUCUGAACAAUUGUCUUUCUGACCAGGGUUGUGAUAAUUCACCUGGUUGCUCUGGUUCUGAAGAGGAAGAAUUUGAGCCUUGGUCUCAAAGUCAGCCAUAUGAAUCUUCGAAAAUAAAGGCCGCACUUGAGGUUUUGAAGUCUUUGUCUAAGCCACAGUUCUAUAAAUCAAAAAGUACUUCUCAGCAUAGCACUUUCAGGGAAGAUAAUGAUUGCCCUGGGAAACCCUCCAAUGCUAACAAUGGGAAAUCCUUCAUAGAUUCUCCUGAGAAUCAAAAUUUGUCUGAUGAUAAUAGAUGCCAUAGUGAUUCUGUUACUGUCGUCGGGGAGAAAGCUAUAGUGUUUUCUCAGUGGACGAGGAUGCUAGAUUUGCUUGAAGCGUGUCUCAAGAAUUCUUCGAUUAAUUAUAGAAGGCUUGAUGGAACAAUGUCAGUUGUUGCGAGAGAUAAAGCUGUUAAAGAUUUUAACACUCUUCCUGAGGUAUCAGUUAUAAUCAUGUCUUUGAAGGCUGCCAGUCUUGGUCUAAAUCUGGUGGUAGCUUGCCAUGUUCUUAUGCUCGAUUUGUGGUGGAAUCCUACAACUGAAGACCAAGCAAUAGAUCGAGCACAUCGAAUUGGGCAGACUCGUCCUGUGACUGUCUUGAGAUUAACUGUGAAAGAUACAGUUGAAGAUCGAAUUUUGGCUCUGCAGCAAAAGAAGAGACAGAUGGUUGCAUCUGCGUUUGGGGAGGAUGGAACUGGUGAUCGUCAGAGUCGCCUCACUGUGGAUGAUUUAAAAUAUUUGUUCAUGAUGUGA